AGUGUUCACUAUUUGUUAUGGAUCGCGAAUUGAGUCUGUUUUCGGUACUGCCACCCUAACUACCUACUGCCGUGAAGAUCUUCAGCAACACGAAGUUUGCAAAUGUUAGACCGAUCUGCUGCUGCUGCUCCUUGAACAACACCCGUCAGGCAGUCAUCGGGUUGGGGUAGGAUGUGGGCAAAUUUUGUCACCUACCCUCUCUCACACACACUGUUGUUCCGAUGAUGCUCUAAGUCACAGUGGCAUGCUAGUUUAUGCCAUGUACUACAAAUGAACUGAUGCUGAAGCUGUGCCGGACUCUCAGAUUCGGUUGUGAUAGAAUAACCCAUGCCAAAGCUAGGCAGCAAGUCAGCCAGUCGGUCCGAGGUGCACAGCCAGCGGGAUUGAUGGUGUUGGUGUGCAUAUCGGAGGGUAUCCUUCUCUUACUCUUUCGUUGGUGGUGUCGCCAGUGGUGCUGUACAUAAGACGUACUGGCCAGUCUUCUAUGUACAAGACCGACCUUAGGCCGACCAGCAACGUGUUAAGACGAUACGAUGCGCUGUCGGUCGGAGGGGGAGGAAAAUGAGUGUGUGCAUGAUAGAAAGAGUGAGUGGAUGCGAGUGUGUGUAGAGAUGGAGAAGAUUAAACAUAUUUUCGCUUAAACUGUUUGGCGACGUCCAGUUGUUGAGCCGUUGGGUUCUAUUUGUUUCCAAGCUAUAUUUAGGUUUCAUUUGACAACGCGUCCUCGGCCGAAGCGAACGUGAAUUAGUUUCCUUUCCGUUUCUCACAGCACAGCACCCAAACUAGAGGUGAAAUAGUUUGGAGCAGAGUGCUGACACCGGACAGAAGAGAGAAAAUCGUUUGGACACUGCAUUCAGCAAAUCCAGCGCCGCGUGAUAGUGGAGUGUGUGGUGUUGUCCACAGUGAUAAUUAAAAUUUAUUGUUAUUCUAUGUAAAUUUCGGCGGAAAUGAACUGUUGUUUUAGUUUCUUUUGAGUUUAAGUCUUUAUUUUGUAUAAAUAAAUUUUGUGUUUUCUCUUUGUUAAUAUUGAGUUAAUUAAUGUGAUUUGUGGAACUCUACUGUGCACGAACAUCCGAUGAAAGUCGUCGAUCGUAUUGAAGCAAAUGCAAAAUAAAGUUCAACUGGUGGGAAAAACGAAACCCUGAAGAACGUUGCGUUAGUGUUGGGAGUGUGACUAUUGGUUGAGUUUCAUUUGGGAACUGGAAGAUCAAAAACUGGACGAAUUAAUGAAAGUGCAACGUGUGUGGUGUUUGAGUUAUGGCCAGUAAUGGGGGGACUCUCCAUGGGGUUCCCCAUACGCAGCAAAGCCUAGGUGGGCAUCACAGUUGUUCUCACUGUGGGCUCUAUUUCGAUAGUUCGUCGUCACUGCAAGUGCACAUGCACUAUCAUCAUGAAAGCAUGAAUCGUUGGGCUCCCACGUCUACGGCAAGCAUACCUAGUUCAACAACGUCGUCUACGCCAACAUCAGACACUGAAAAUAACAAUCAACCAUCAUUGAAGUCGCAAGCAAAAUCGUCAUCGCCGCAUCAAACCAUCGCGGCAGCCGCAGAUUCAAGUGAUAAUCAGCCAUCGACUCCGCAGCCACCUACUCUUCCGGAACCAGGUACGCCACAAAGUUUUACUGGCGGGGCAUCGCCAUAUCAACAGCCAGCUGCAAUUAUUGCCCCACCAGAUAUGCACUAUCCAACCUACAUUCACGGUUACGAUCCUUAUUAUCAUCCGACUAGUAUUGAUUACGGUAAUCCACUGCCUCCACCACACCUCCAUAGUCAAUCUCAAUCAGAGUACAAAGCAGUGCCUUCAGUUAGAUACCACCCCUACAAUAACAAUAACCUCAGCAACGGAAACCAUAACCCAUCUUCCCUGAGCUCAAGCAACAGUGUUACAAACGGUACGUCACCCUUGAACAGCGCUGGAUUGAGUCCGCAAGUGGUCAGUUCCUCCAGCAGUACUCAGAACCCUACCUCACAAACAGCAACAACGGUAGCUUCGACAACAACCACGACGUCCCCACAAACCAGCGGAUCGCACAUUCCUCCAACUCCAUCUCCUUCUCCUAUUCAGUGUGAAAAGUGUGGUCUGGUAUGCGACUCGGACGAUGUUCUAAGCGAGCAUGACGCAUCGGUACAUCAAUCUCAGCAACAACCUCCUACGCAACACUCAUCCGAGGGUAACAGCAUGAAUCGAAGCGAAGAACCAGAUAUGCAAAAUAGCUAUCCUUAUGGAAACAAUCCGCCACCCUUUAUAAAAGAAGAACCGCCGGCAUCGGAUAUUCUAGAUCUCGACUCGCAAAAGAUGGUAUAUCCUCCUGAGCCUGUGCUACCGCCGAUGAACUCAUUGCACCCACUGCAGUCGAUGCAACGUCAUCCGAUGAUGUGGCCACAUGAUCCGCACAACUUCAUGCCACCGCAUCCGACACAUGAUUUGAAGGCACCUUAUUACCACCCUCAAAUCAAAUCGGAAUACUCAACAACUCCAUCAAUUAAAGGAGACUAUCCUCAGCAUGCCGCAAUGCACGUAAAACCAGAAUAUACAGCUAUUGUGGCUCCUGCGCCGAUUAAAAAUGAGUAUAACAUUCCACCGACUUUGCCGUCGGCAGUUCCGCAAUCAAACCAACCGGUGAAGUCGUUCUCCGAAGAAGUUAGCGAGAAUAAUCAAUUGACAACAAGUCCGUCGGACUUUCCCAGCACAACGACACCACAGGAGAAUAGUUCGCAAUACCGAAACUUCGAGCCUCCCACUUCGUCGCUUCCCAACAAUGCGCUGCCAUCGAAAGGAACUGCGUGGAAGUCUAAUGAAGCACGAAGGCCGAAGACCUACAACUGCACUGCCUGUAACAAGUGGUUUACCAGUUCCGGUCAUUUGAAGCGACACUACAACACGACCCUGCAUAAAAAUGCGGUGAAAUCAAGUGGGCAACCAGAUCCCGCAACGUUGCCCAUUAGCAUUCAUCACCACCCGGGUCGUGAUCCGAACUACGGUAACAAGGGAAGGCGUGGUUCGGCUGCUCAAAUACAACAACCUAUACAACAGCCAGUACCACCUCCCGACCCUCCUAGAAGUCCCGACUAUGGUGCUCAAUACAGCAGUGCACCGGGGUUUACAACAGGAGUACAGGGGUUCCACCAGUACAAUGCCAAUCUUCAAAACACUUCAUCAACGGUUCCCCCAAACGGGGUAGCAGGUCCCUCCGUCCAAGUCUCCCCACCGAGGGGCCUGCAGAUCUUCUCGAACAGCAACAUGGAACUGUUGCAACAGCAGGAGCAAACGGAUCAAACCCCUACUACCACCAUCACCACCACCAGCAUUCCAUCGCCGCUGCUCAGUCAGCACACCAUCAGUACAACGGAGCAAUUCCACACCACCAACCCUUUAACUAUCAACAUCAGCAUCCCAUCAUUCCAAACCAUCCUGCCGGAGGCACCGAACUAUCACCAUAUUAUUGGUAAUCACACGACAUCCUCGGAGAUCACAGAAAUGAUAUCGAACGAUCAGUAUUUUACAAUCAAUGGGUUUGACAGUGCAUCAGCGGAUUCAGCAGGGUUGGGGUUUCAUCGGUAUUCGGGGGGCGCCGAGGUGUAUCAGGGUGAUACGGCGCCCCCCUUUUCACCGAAUGUACCGGAGCCAUAUCAGGCAACCGAUUCGCUCUUUAAUGAACUCCGUACACCGACUCCGCAGCUAGCAGCGACGGCGCCAUCCCUUUCGCCAGGACCCUGCUCUCCUAGCAUCACAUCAACGGGUACCGCACUGCCGUCGGAAACUCGUCUGACCGAAGUUCACCGGUGUGAAGAAUGCGAUAAAGUCUUCAAUAAGUCUUGCUAUCUGACGCAGCACAACAAAACUUUCCAUUCUGGUGAUAAACCUUUCAAAUGUCAUCGCUGUGGAAAACGGUUCCCUUGCGAUCAGUCGCACGAGGAGCACCUAGCAAAACACGGAGGUGAAAAACCGUUCAAGUGCGAGCUAUGCCCCAAGCAGUUCAAUCACAAGACAGAUCUCCGACGGCACAUGUGUCUCCACAGUGGUUCCAAGCCGUAUGCAUGUGAUCAGUGCGGCAAGGGAUUCAUUCGCAAGGACCACAUGCUGAAACACUGUGAAACUCACCGAAAAAAAACGACCGCUGUUAUGAAGAAACCACUCAACGGAAAGCUGGCCAAUCAGGUUCACCCGAAGGCACUUAUGGUGGGAGACGAAUGACGAUGGGUUCCCAUCCGUUGUCUGACUCCUGAGCCGUGAUCGCAACAGGCGGACAACGGACUGCCCACAGAAGGACGCAUCAGCCGAAAUGGUAAAGUUUGCAAAUCUCAAUGUUCUCAUAUUUUAUUUUAUUUUUCGUUUUGAUGAAUCUUAAGAUUUUUAUUUGUACGAAAACCAUCGUUUCCUAUCACAAGAAACAAAGUUACCUACAUUAUUCCUCUUGCCAAAACCAGGUGCAGUACACUACUACCUCAAUGUAACAUGUAAUGAAAAAUGAAUGAAAAACAAUCUGACAAAUAGCCAAUCACUAGUUUAAUUGAGAAUUGAAAUAGCAAAAGCGUAAGCAUAAGUCAGCACAGAAACCUACCUCAAUAGUUAUUACAAUUCUUAUUAUGCGACGGAAGUCCGCCCUACAGGAACGCCCGUCGCAGAAUAAGUAAAGCAAUUCAACAAAGUUAUACAUUUUAAUAUAAAACGAUAUUUACAUUUAUAUUACAAAACUGAUGACGCAAACUAAAGCAAAUAUAAUAUGUGUAUUCAUUGUAAUAAAGCACAUACGGAGAAUUGAAUCACCUCAUAGUGGUGAAUACAAAGGAAACUUGAGAAAAUAUUUUGAAAAUUAUUUUAAAGCAAUAUUAACCGUUAAUAGAGAAACAAGCAAAAAUCACAAAACAAUGGCUACGUCUAUGCUAUAGAAAGCAAAACAAGUACCUCUCUUGAAACAGCAACUAUCGUCAUCACAGGAACGGGGAGAAAUUCUCACAAUGGAUUGGACAGUGUUAUAAUAGAGUAGAUGGAUUAUUGCAAACCAUACAGAUACACAAUCUUUCAAUGAAGACAACAGAACAAAUGUACAAAUGAAUCCUGCUGAAAACAGGAAACAAAUUGAGUGUAAAACAAAAACAAAUGAAAACAGUACUCUAUACGAAAGAAUCAUAUUUGUUGUUGGAAAAAAUAUGCAAAAGAACAAAAAAACAUUAGCGUAAACGUUCAACUCGUGUCUACCGGAAACAUAAAAAAGAAAAACAUACACACAUAGAAGCGCAUACACUUGAUAGUGAAAUAUGUUUGCGCGCGAAUAUAAACUGGAACGGAAACAAACAAUCCUUCGUACCGAAACUGUAUUAUCAAAUGGUUGUGUUAGAUUAAUUAAUUACCUAUUAUUGAGGAUUACAGGUUUUCCGCGUUUGUUUCGAUCCCCGAUAUCUCUGUGUCUGCUGCUACGUCCCGGGUCCAAUAAAAUCCAUUCUGUCUGUGACGGCGCCCGCUCAAUAGCACGAGCUCGUGGCCGAGGUUCAGGUUCAACUGAAUUCAUUAGGCGGUCGUCUCCCGGUUCCUUUGCAGUGUGUCCCGAGUAGGAAAUUUUUGGUUUAUUUUGUAUGACAAGAUUAUUUAGAAGUGUUAGCAAGUUGGUGUAACACAUUGCUUAAUAACGUUAAAAACGAUGAUCCUAAACUUUAAUUUCUAUUACAGCGUUCAUCGUCAUCACAUUAUUAAAUACAACAUCUGCUGUUACCUUCAAUAAAUGAAGUUAAAAAAAUACAAAACUUCUUUGCCAGCUUCAUUUUUAUUUCCUGCUCGGGCCUCCCAAACAACAAACCAAACUCCCGUUCACACUUCCGUCGGGAGUCUUUUGUUGAUUGGUCGCGCGAACGUCUAGGAGUGGAUUCCUCACCCCCACUACUUAUGUCUCGUCGUUCCUCCUCCUCUUUGCCAUAACGUUGUGAAUGAACCUAAAGCUCCCACCC